AGGACAAAAAGCAAGCUUGCCUCCUUUCUAAGAGCUCAAAUGCCCAGGCUGUGGAUGAGUGUCUUUCCUGAUCCCGUGUAGCUUGAGUGAGGGCCCUGAGGUUUUCCUAAAAAAAAAAGCCAGAGAAAAGCCGGACGUGGUAGCUGAACAGUUUUAAUCCAGCCUGGUCUACAGAGUUCUAGGACAGCCGGGGCUACACAGAAGCCCUGUCUCGAAAAAUCAAAGGGGGGAAAACGUCAGAGAAAGUAGUGAGACAGCCAUGGGGCUGCUGCCUGGUGAUGGUCUGUGGCCCGUGGCCAUCUUCACGGUCAUCUUCAUAUUGCUGGUAGACCUGAUGCAUCGGCGCCAGCGCUGGACUGCCCGCUACCCACCAGGCCCUGUGCCGUGGCCUGUGCUGGGCAACCUGCUGCAGGUGGACUACCAGAAUACUCCACAGAGCUUCCACAAGCUUCGGUGUCGCUAUGGUGAUGUGUUCAGCCUGCAGAUGGCCUGGAAGCCCGUGGUCGUUAUCAGUGGACUGAAGGCCGUGCACGAGGUGCUGGUGACCUGUGGAGAGGACACUGCAGACCGUCCUCCAUUACCAGCCUAUGAGAACCCAGGCUUUGGGCCUAAAUCCAAAGGUGUGGUCCUUGCACCUUAUGGGCCCGAGUGGCGAGAGCAGCGGCGAUUUUGUGUGUCCACCCUGCGCAACUUCGGCCUGGGCAGGAAAUCGCUGGAGCAGUGGGUGACGGAGGAGGCUGGCCACCUCUGUGAUGCCUUCAGCGACCAGGCUGGGAGCCCCUUCAAUCCAAAAACCCUCCUGAACAAAUCGGUGUGCAAUGUGAUCGCAUCCCUCAUUUAUGCCCAACGCUUUGAGUAUGGAGACCCUUACUUCACCAGCAUUUUGAAAAUAAUAGAAGAACAUUUAGAAGAUGUUUCUGGCUUCAUUCCUGAGGCUCUCAACAUGCUCCCGGUGCUCCUGCGCAUCCCAGGCCUGGCUGACAAGGCCUUCCCACGGAAGAAGGUAUUCAUGGCCAUAUUCGAGAAUCUGUUGAGUGAGCACAAGAUGACCUGGGACCCUGCCCAGCCACCCCGAGACCUGACUGAUGCCUUCCUGGCUGAGGUGGAGAAGGCCAAGGGGAAUCCUGAGAGCAGCUUCAACGAUGAGAACCUACACAUGGUGGUGGCCGACCUGUUCACAGCAGGGAUGGUGACUACGUCAACCACACUGUCCUGGGCCCUGCUGCUCAUGAUCCUGCACCCGGAUGUGCAGCGUGAGCCUGGGCAUUCCCCUGGGGCUCCUUCACUGAGGGGUCCUGUAUGCCCAGGCCGUGUCCAGCAGGAAAUCGAUGAAGUCAUCGGGCAGGCGCGGCGUCCAGAGAUGGCAGACCAGGCCUGCAUGCCCUACACCAAUGCUGUGGUCCAUGAGGUGCAGCGCUUUGCAGACAUCGCUCCAGUGAAUUUUCCACAUAUGGUAUCCCGUGACAUUGAAGUGCAGGGCUUCCGCAUCCCCAAGGGGACCACCCUCAUCACCAACCUGUCCUCCGUGCUGAAGGACGAGACUGUGUGGGAGAAGCCCCUCCAGUUCCAUCCUGAGCACUUCCUGGAUGCCCAGGGCUACUUUGUGAAGCAUGAGGCCUUCAUGCCAUUCUCAGCAGGCCGCAGAGUAUGCCUGGGGGAGCCCCUGGCCCGCAUGGAGCUCUUCCUGUUCUUCAGCUGCCUCCUGCAGCGCUUUAGCUUCUCGGUGCCUGAUGGACAGCCCCGGCCCAGCGACCACCGUGUCUUUGCAAUCCCAGUUGCUCCCUCUCCCUAUCAGCUGUGUGCUGUGGUGCGAUAAUUCCAGUCCUGUUCUGCAGGGUGGCCUGAGCCAUGCAGGACAGAUCAGUCUUGUGGCUGCUGCUGUUUCCUGCUCUAAAUUCAAUCCCUGUCUCUGUUGGGUCCUCAGAUAAUAGUUGUCAACCAACCUGCCUCACCCCCUCACACUCCCAAGGGACAACUAAAAUGCUGUGAGAAGAGAGUGUGUUGGGCAGAGGGCUACAGUUUCAGAACUUGGGAGCCUAUCCUGCUCUCUAUAGCAAAGUCAACUACAUAAUGAGAGCUUGUUGCCAGAGCCCACUGGCAGAGUUGAAUGGUUCUUGAGUCGGGAGUGAGGAUUGAAAUUAAUAAGCCAACACACAACACAUGGGACCUUUCUGAGAGGCUCUAGCAGAAGCUAGCCACCUUGCUUUAUUCUAGACUGACCAUUUUAAGACAGAACAAAAACACAAUAAAUGAAUUCACAGGGAAGUCAAACAAAAGGGUUACUUUGACAAGACAUCCUACCUGCUGUCUCAAAAGGAGAUAGGCUUGGUAGCUUAUCACUGACUCCAGUGAAGGCCAGGGCAAAAGCAGUCUUUCUGCUGAGAUCUAAAUAACAAAGCAGCCUGGCAGACCAGGGGCUCCCAACAGGUCUCCCUUUUUUAUAUUUUAAAAAUUGACCAUAACUUAAGAGUGAUGGAGCAGAAGAUUGUGCCUGUCUUAGGUUCUCUCUCUUUUUUUGUAAUUUUUAUUAAUUACAGUUUAUUCACUUUGUAUCCCAGCUGUAGCCCUCUCCCCCAUCCCCUCCCUAAUCCCAUCCUCUCCUUCUCCUAUGCCCCUCCCCCAGUUCAAUAAUAGGGGAGGUCCUCUUCCCCUUCCAUCUGACCCUAGUCUGUCAGGUCUCAUCAGGACUGGCUUCUUUGUUUUCCUCUGUGGACUGGUAAGGCUGCUCCCCCUUCAGGUGGAGGUGAUCAAAGAGCCAGCCCAUGAGUUCAUGUCAGAGAUAGUCCUUGUUCCUAUUACUGGGGAACCCUCUUGGACACUGAGCUGCCAUGGGCUACUUCUGUGCAGGAGUUCUAAGUUAUCUCCGUGAAUGGUCCUUGUUUGAAGUAUCAGUCUCAGAAAGACCCCAGUGCCAAAAUUUUUGGAUUCUGUUGCUCUCCUUGUGCAGCUCCUGUUUCCAUCUCCCCCUUCUUUCAUAAGAUUCCCUGCACUCUGCCUGAAGUUUGGCUAUGAAUCUCAGCAUAUGUUUUGAAACCCUGCUGGGUAGAGUCUUUCAGAGGCACUCUGUGAUAGGCUCUUGUCCUGUUCCCUGUUUUCUCCCUCUUCUAAUGUCUGUCUUGUUUGCCCUUCUGAAUGAAGACUGAGCAUCUUACCCAGAGAGGUUGUCUCUUAAAAGAUAUAUUCUUACCUGUCAUUGGUACAUGAAUUCCAUAAUUCAUGCCCUGUCUUAGGUUGAAUCUUUUUUAGAGAGAGCUUAUCCAUUUUUGACUACCAACCUCCACUAGGGUAGAUACUGGGGCUUAAUCUUAUGCAGAUCAGAUCGGCUUUAACAUACUAAAAGGCCUUCAGGAAGUUUUUAAUUGUCACUAGUAGGAGAUAUGCUCCUAAAAAGAGUAAUAAGCCACGUCCAAAUAACAUUCCAUAAGUGACUUAAACGAUGACCCCUAGUAUAAAAACCAAGCCUGAGAAACAUUCACAGGAGCCAUAAUAAAAAGCUGUUGAACAAUCAGAACCAUUUGAAAGCUUAGAAAUACAGUUUGUUAGUUUACAUUGAUGGCAAGAAACAUUAAAGUUUGAAUCUUGUAUAAAAACAUUAACAUUUCCAAACAGGGCAUAAGGAGAAUUUACAUAGGCAGUUACAGGGCCUCCCAAGAGUUUCUGUGGCAAUCCUCCAUAUAUAGGUCUGCUGAAAACCAGAAUCAGCUCAAAGUCCCAUAGCCAGUCCUCUUUUCCAUUCUUCCUGAUUUUGUUGAGAAUUGUCCUCAUUACCAGAUCAAUCGAGUCCAGUCACAUUGUAUAAGAGGUUUCUCUGUAUAACAUCUUCUCCCAGGAGCAGAAUGAAACAAAGGUUGGUCAGGAGCAUUAGCCCAAUAGAGCUCUCUGUUCACCAUCAGGACAGAAUUCACCAUGGUCAACAGCAGGAACAUCCUCCUUCCAGGGAACAACUGCAAAUUGUACCAGCCUUUCUCAGAUCCACCUGGCUCCUUUUGCAUCCUAAGGACACACAGAUAUGUCCUCUUCCCCAUAUUAAUAUGGGGUUGGGGCCCUACCAUAUUCCAGUAAUCAGAUCUUUCCAUUUUACUUGAGUAUAAUUAUGUUUGGUAUUAGGGUGCCACAAUCGAUCAGCUGCAGAAUGGCCAGGUAUAUCCACAUUUAAAAAAUUUUAAAGAGCAUGAUUAAGAUUUGGGAAUAUGACUCCCCUUUGUUAUUUUUGCAAUUGGUUCUUAAGAGAUCCAUGAGAAUGUGUCAUAGUUCCUUAGCCUUGAGGAUUAUAUGGAAUACCUAUUUUAUGACUUAUAUUCAUUUGUGUACAGAAACGCUGAAAAGCUUGAGUAAUAUAUGCAGUACCAUCAUCAGUCUUUAUAAUGGAAGGAAUACCAACUGUAACAAAACACUUUAAGCAAUGACUUAUAACAUGUUUGGUGGCUUCUCCUGCUAAGGGAGUUGCCAUGAUAAAUCCUGAAAAAGUAUCAAUUGUUAUGUGACUUGUUUAGAAUGGUUUUAAUCCUAGGUUUUAAGUAAGUUAACUUUAUGUUACAGAUUUUAACCAUACCCAAUAACCAAUAAUCUAUAACCAAGACAUUAAACAUGGUAAAUUUAUACCUUUAAGACAGAGAGACAAAACACCUUGCUACUUGUGAAUCUGAUUUUUUUAUGACCAUAGAAGCUUUGUAGCAUAAUUAACCAUUAGCUUUCUUACUGGAAAAACCGAGAAGCUGCCCCCACCACCACCCUUUUUCCCCCCUACCUCCGAGUGAUUUUAGCCUUAGCUGGACACUGCUCAGCAAGUUCUAACUUCCACAACAGGAUCUUCUGCUAAACAUUCUCUUGCGAAUUGCUUCCGGUCCCCUGGGCAGAGGGGACAAGGACUCUAACAGAACUUGAGUAAAAGCUGAUGUAGGACAAUAUUGAGAGCAUGUAGUUUUCAAUUCCUUUAAUUGUUUAAGAGAUAUAGGUGCAUGGACUUUCACCAUAUUAACCUGUCCAUCAGUUUGCUCUGGAAAACCAUAAAACUCAGUUAUAUCUUUUCCAUUGUGCCUAGAGUGUUUUUCCUCCAACUCUGCAACCUUAUCAGGAUCUGAGUCAUUCUCAAAGUCUUCUCCUAACAAGAAAUUAUUAUCAUUAGGAGGGACAUACAGCUCUUCUGGAGGAGCUGAUGGUCUAAUCUCGUUUUGUCUUGAAGCUUCCCAUUUUUCUAUCCUCUUUCUCUUUAACCCUAAAAGUUUCACUUUCUCAGUUCCAUGCUGCAUAGACAGACUAUUUCUAAUUAAAUUCUAUACAAAAAACUCGA